ACCAUUGCUGUAUACAGUAUUGAAAGUCAUAAUGCUACUCUGAAAUGCGGAAGUCUGAGUGUUGGUGCCCGCAGAUUAAUUACUUGGAUAUAUAGCAGAAAUUCAACAGCAACAAUGACUGAAAAUCUGACCCUCAAAUACAUGGAGAGAGCUGGAAGACUAAGUGUGGGGCGUGACUGCUCUCUACACAUUUAUAACGUAAGCACUGAAGAUGGUGGACGGUACACCUGUCGAAUAGGACAGGCCGAUAUUACCGAAGCUUAUGUGUCCGUUCUGACUAUUCGUCCACAACGGAUGGCUGACGGCACCAUGAACCUGCAGUGUCUGCUGUACACCUAUGAUGGUCCUGGAAGGUGUCAUAAAGUCCCAUUUCAUAAAGUGAGUCUGAAGUGGCUCAGUGACACAGGGACUGAGAUGCAGACGGACGUCAGGCAUCAGCAACACAAAUCCCCCUGUAACAUCACUCUGACAGUCAAACUGAAGGAGACAAGCAACAGAGAGUGGACGUGUCAGUUGCUCAAUGAGUCAAAAGCGAAGGGAUCACACAGUUACAGCAUAUCCGAAUCCAGCCAGGAUCCACACAAGUUCGUGAUAGCAGGUACUGUAGCUGCAGUGGCCUUGGUCAUGAUCAUCAGUGUGUGUCUUCUCCUCCUGGUGAAGUUCAGGAGGAGAGCAGGAGAUCGCCCCUGUCGGAGCAAAAGUGUGAAUAAUUGCAGCCGCUCAGCAGAUGGACAAAGAGACACAGAUGGAAACCUUGACAGCCCCAAUAAUCAAUAUGAAACAGUAAACGAAACCAGUGAAAAUACUUUAACCUAUACUGAGGUCCUAUGUGAACCAUCUAGACAGAAACAAAGAUGUAAACAGGAGGGAGAAAACAACGAAUUCUGCACCGAAUAUGUCACCAUCAAAAUAGCACAAACCUGAGUCACUGGACACAUCUAUAAAACUAUUCCUUAGGCACAGGUUUCCAGACAAUGGGAUGCUUCGCCAAGAUGUUGUUCGGAAAUGAUUUGGGCACCUUUUUCACAACCUUGGACCUGGAUGUUCUGACAGUAUCAGUCUUGAAGCCAUGAUCCAUUCUGGGAAAAGGCAUUUUGCAGAAAUCUGUGUAUGCAUUGCCAUUUAAUAGAAUGCAUUUCUUUAUUAAUGUCAUCAAUUUUGUAAUA